AUGUUCUUAAAUGUAUGGUUGUUUUUGAUUUUAGUUUUGGCUCAAAACGAGUCUUCGAAGGUUUCAUCACCUUCGAUUAAAAAAAAAUCUACUAGUUCACACUCAGCAAAAAAACCUUCACAACGCGUCCCCAAAAAUUGUGAAGAAGUGCAAAACAGUGGUCACAACACUUCUGGAAUCUAUAAGAUUCAGCCAAAAAGUAGUCCCAAACCCUUUGAGGCUUUCUGUGAUAUGAAGAAUAGAGAUGGGGGUUGGACGUAUUUUUUUAACAGGUUUGAUGGGUCUGUGAGUUUUGAUAGGGGUUGGAAAGACUACAAAAAAGGGUUUGGUAAUUUAAGUGGAGAAUUUUGGUUGGGCUUAACACACUUACAUGAGCUAACAGCAGAUGGUAAAUACCAGCUACUGGUAGAGUUAGAAGAUUGGGACAAAGUAAAAGCUUAUGCUCAUUAUAAUGAAUUUGCAAUAGGUAGUGAAAAAGAAGGAUUUUCAUUGAAAGUUUUGAAACAUCACAGUGGCGACGUUGAGGAUUCUCUCAUGCACAGUGUAGGUGCUAAGUUUAGUACAAAAGACAAAUCUCAUGAUGAAGGAACUCGUAUUAACUGUGUUGAACGUUACCGUAGUGCGUGGUGGUUUAAAAAAUGUAUGUUGGCUCUACUCACAGGCAAAUAUAUGAAGGGAAAGGUGACGUUUCAUGAAAUGAUUAAACCUAUGUAUUGGGGUUCUUUUCAUGGGAACGAAUAUAGCCUCAAAAAAGCCAAAAUGAUGGUGAAACCAAUAAGCAAAUCUUACUUACAAUUUAUACAAACAAGUGACGCCCUUAAAAAACACGCUUAUUUUUUAGCAUCAAAACACUAA